AUGAGUGGCUAUGGCAUUACUGAGGAUUAUUCAUGGAAAGAAGACGCUCUGGAAAUUGAGUUGACCGUCCAAGUACCUCCUGGUACACAAACCAAAGAUGUCCAUUUCAAGGCACGAGCCAACAGCAUUGAUUUGCGCGUCGAUACCACCACACUGGAUAACAACAACAACAACAAUAAUAAUAAUACCAAACAACAACAACAACUAAUUCUCCUCGACGGCAGUCGCAAACUCCGUGGUCGCUUGUCACUCGAUGGGACCUUUUGGACCUUUUCCGAUCGUCGUCGCUCCAUUACCAUGACACUCGAGAAAUAUUUAGCAGCCGCCAACGAGUACGAUGUCGUCGAUUACGAUUGGAAGGGCAUUUAUCCCGAGGAAGAAAUUCUGGAAUCCAAAUACGACGAACCCGAAAUGCUCAAUGUCAAGGAAUAUGCCGCGUCCUUGGGCGUCGAUGUCGACAACAUUAACCGAAGUAUGGUCGAUGAAACCAUGUUUAGUUCCGGAUUGAAUCUCACCCAAAAGACACUCGAACAAUUGACCGACAAGGGGUAUCUGGAGCAAGUCACACAACAAGCCGAUGGCAGAGAAUAUCAAACCAAUCCGGAAACGGGAGAAAAACAAGACUUUGCAAUGGAUGCAACAACGAACAAAAAACCAAAAGAUCCCACCAAAAUUCAAAUCCCCUUUCUCGAUACCCAAGCACCUUGGCAGCAACAGCAAACACCACCCACCGUGCCCGUCGCCAUUGACGAAACAACAAAGGCACCCGUGGUCGUCGAUCCAGAAACCCUCUCAGAGACAGUAGUACAACAAUCCCAGCAACAAACUCAAGAAAAGAAGAAGGCACCCAAACAAGAUCCACUCUCGGUAGCCGAUCCCAUUGAACAACUCACCGUCAAACGACUCAAGGAAAUCCUCAAACAGCAAGGACUCAAAGUUUCGGGAAACAAAAAAGAACUGCAAGAACGAUUACGAGAUCAAGUCAAUUCCAUAUUGACGACGACGACAAAGAAAUCAUCAUCAACUUCCAAAGCAAACAACAAAGACGAGGAAGGAGAAGGACUAGUGAGUCCAUAA